AUGAGAAUGGAUCAAGGAAAAGCAUUUAUGACAAGUGAGAAGUUCUGCUUUGCCGUGUGUGGCUGGAGAGUGGGAGCCCUGAUGGCUCUGUGCCUCCUGCAGCAGGCUCGAGGUCAUGUUCAACUUCUCCCUCCUCAAAAUGUGACACUGCUGUCAAAGGAUUUUGCCAUGAUUUUGACCUGGGCUCCAGGGGAAGGCUCUCCCCCAGAUGUGACCUACACUGUGAGGUAUGAAAGCCAGGAUCGCCUGGACAAAUGGAUGAAAGUUCCUCACUGCAGAAACAUCCCCAGAUCCUUUUGCAAUCUGACUUGUGCCCUCUCCAACCUCUACGUUAAAGUCCGGGCUCGGGUGAAGGCGGUUUGGGGACGGUCCCAGUCGCCGUGGGUGAAAUCCCAGUUCAAGGAUUACUACUCAGAUGUGGAACUGGCUCCCCCCGUGCUGACCCUGAAUGUCAGGGACAAUUCCAUCCACGUCAGUGCCUCCUUCCCUCUGCCCACCUGUGUGGAGAACCUCACUUGGAAGUAUGACUUGAACCUCUGGGAAGCAGGAUCUGAAGACAAGAAGAAAUAUGAGGGUUACUUCAGGAAGGACACAGUGACCAUCAACACCACUGCCCUCAGAGGCAAUUACUGCUUCAGUGCCAGGGCUCUCUACGAAAGCAUCAACUUGAAGCACAGCGAAUUCUCCCAGCCCGUGUGUGUGCUGUUAAACCACAAAGCGCAGUGGAAGUUCCCACUUCUGGUUGUGAUCCUUCUGUUUGUCCUCCCCAUCUUUGUGGUCGGUCCCUUCAUCUGCUGCCUGCUGAAACAUGAGGCCAAGCAAAGGAAGAUGCCUCAGGUUUUGAAUUUCUCUCAAUUUAAAGCUGCUGGACCAACCUUCCACUUGGAGCUCAGUGAAAAGGAAUUCUGCAGUGAUGAUCUGAACUGCUCAGAGAAGCCAGUGCCUCAAAGGAGGACAAACAGAGCUUUAGGAGGACACCACCUGCCAUGGAUGGCUCCUUUGCCAUCAUCAUCAUCAUCAUCAUCAUCAUCAUCAUCAUCAUCAUCGUUAUGGUCAGAGGAUGAGGAGGAAGAAGACAGCAGCACUUUGAUCCCAUACCAUGAAAUGCCUCGGUAUCCAAAGAGACGUCUCAGCUCUCAGCCAUCCCCAGCAGCUCCGGGGGAAAGCAGCUUGGAUUCAGGAUCUGGAGGUCUCUCUGUGGCCAGUGGAUCUGUGCUUGACCUCAGAGCCCUGGGUUUCACUCUCUUUGCAGAGGGGAAGGGUGAGAUGGACACCUCGGGAUCCCAGGCAAACGAGGAGCCAUCCCUUUAUCUCUGCUCCUCUUUGGAAAGAAUCUCCCUCACUGAAGUGAGAUUCCCAGCUGCCAGAGAGCAGGGGCAGGAUGAUGGAAACAGGGAUGAGAAGCUGGGAAUUACCUCCCUUCCCCCCCUGCUGGGGGGGAUUUGUGCUGAACCCGAUGAGCACAGGAAAGCUCCUCAUUCCUCCAGGGAAUACCAGAAAUCCAUCCUUGAUCUGCAGCUCCAGUUGGACUCGAGAUCCCAGGCCAGAGGGGAUCCCAGCACGGAGCUGCUCAUCCCCUUGUGGACACUGCAGGUGGCAGAGGAUGAAGGCAUUGCAAGUGACUCUGGCAGUGACAGUUUUACAGAAGGGACCCCGCCCGAGUCCACAGUGCUGAGUGACGCUUUUGAGACUUCAAACACAGAGGAAAAAUGUGAUCCAAAGUUGCAAUUCCCAGGCUAUGAGCACUCCCAUUACUUGGGCAGGAUCUAAAGUACCCAGCAGGUCUGGGGAGUGCCUGGGAAAUGCUGGAGAGCUCCAGAUAUCCAAGAUCCUUGAACAAGGACAAAAGCCUGAUGUCUGGCCUGUCAAGGCAAUGGCUUUAGGGACACAAAAGGCGCAUUUUACUGUCCCUCUGAUAAGGUGCUCAGGCUCUGGCACAACCUGAGCCAGCCAGGGUGAGGGAGGCAGGGACAUCUGAGGGACCACCCAGCAAACAGGCACUGCCUGGGGGUCACCUGAGACUUCAGAACAAGGGAAGUGCUGCAUGUGGGUUGUGAAAGGCAAAAGCACAACCCAGCCCUGGGUGGAAGCAUCAGCUGGGGCCUGAAAACGCAGUGGUGUGACUGC